UUAAAGAGGUUGUUACCAAGAAUGACAAGGGCCAAAAAUAUUCCAACAAGUUACUAUCGUUAUUCUGAUUUCACCUAUUUCUCCUUCGAAAAAUCCCGACCACCUAAUAAAACAAUUUUUGACCUUCUACACUAAUACAUUGUACUUUCACAUUUGAAAAUAAUUAAUCCAAAAUUUCAAUUUCUAGUGCUGUAUGGGAAAAUUUUUGAAUUUUCUUUCAAUUUCCGCCUUCCGUCUUUACUUCCGAUUUUCGGCAUCUCUGCAGGUUUCGACUUCCCGACAGCUUUUUUCUUUUUCCGACAACCCCCUCUCCUUUGCAUUUCAAAAACGAUGUCUUUUCCCCCUUUAAAAACGUAAAUUAGCAUUUUUUUGUUUAUCCCUUGGGAGAUUUUAUGGUUCGAUGAAAUGUGUAAAGAAAAGGAAAAGGGGAGGGAAUUGUUGUUAGUGGUUAACGUAGAUAAAGGAAAGGAAAGGGCAUUUCCUUUUUUUCUUUAAAGAAAAUCUUUGUUUAAAGUUAAAGUGCUAAUUUAAAUAAAUUUACUUUAAAGGUAUAGAUAGGCAAUUAAAAAUUUUUUUAAUUUUUAAAAGAAGCAAUUUAAAUGACGAUAAAUGAGUAAAGAGUACAUAGUAAAGGCUUGAAAAUUUAGAAUAUUUAAAUAGAAAAUUAAUUUUAUAUACCGUAAAUGCUCUAAUUAAAGCCCUGGGCCCGUAGAAUAAGAACUCGGUUGCUGGUUAGGUGACCUUACGACGGUGGUUAACCACGUGGUUUUCUUAUUCUACCGGUUUACAAUGACCUUGUGGUUCCAUCGUCACCUAACCACCUUCUUAUUCUACGGGCCCUGGGUCUAUACAGUUAUUCUACUCUCCUUUAUUUUUUAUUUUCCGGAAUUUUCCGGAUUCGAGUAAAAAUGAGGGUUAGAUAUGGGCUUCUACUAGAGACUGGUCUUUAAUUAGAGCAUUUACGAUAAAACUUUUUUCCUAAGAAACACCCUUCUUCGAAAUAUUUAACCUUCUUUUCAACCUCCCCUCUUAAUUUAUCCUCUCCUUCCUCCCUCACCCAUUCCUCCCUCCAAUUUAUUCCUUUCCAAUUAUCCCCCCCUCCCUUCCCCCAAAUAUUCCCAACUUAUUUUUUAACAGAAAUGUUCGUUCUUUUAUUUUUUUAUCUAAUUAUUUCUUCCAUUUUUUCCAUAAUUACAAUUAAAAGGAAGUUUUUAUUUGGCCAUUAAAUGUUUUUUAGUAGUAGUAGUUAUGUAGAAUUUUUUCCUUUUUUUCCUUUUUUCCUUUUUUAACUUUAAAAGUCUUCCCAAAAGUAUUUUUUAAUAAAGCUAUUUUUAUUUUUAUAUUUAAAGUGUACGCAUUUUGCUAUUUAAUAAUG